UUUACAUAUAACAAAUUUUGCUGCAUACAACAACCGAGAUUAAAAGAAAGGUACAACAUUUCUAUCAUCACUUCUAUCCGCAGCUUACUGAGACAAAUUAAGGGGUCAGUUUUCAGAAGCUGGUCCCCGCAGCUUCUAAAAAAACUGAUUCUAGGAGUAAAUUAGAGCACCAGAAUCACUUCUGCACUUUCAUCCAAACACUCCAGCUUCUACUUCUACUCCCUGAAAGAGCAGAAGCAGUUUUAAGAAUCAGAUAUCCAAACACCCCCUAAGUUGUGAUGGUAAAAAAGAUUAUUUUCAAAUAAAUAUUUAAAUAACUUUUCUAAAAAAAUCGGUUUUCUGUUUAAAUUUAAAUGGGGUUGGGCCUUAUAUAUAUGGCCCCUAGGCCCUAGUUACACCCCAAUCCACAUUAAUAUAAACUCAGAAGUUCAUUAUUAUUAUUAUGAUAAUAAUAAUUAUAACGAUACUAAUAAUAAUAACAAUAAUAAUAACCUAAAAGCAAUGCUAUUUUCCCUUUUUGGGGAGAGGUCUGGGUAAAUAGUGCUGGAACCGGUGGCCUCAUGAAUUGAAGUUUCAAACCCAAGAAUUCCCGUAUGAGUCGACGACAAGUUGAACUAGACCCACUUUCCUUCUUUAGCUUGGAAGUGCUUUAAACUAAAGCAUGCUUGGAAAUAUUAUUUCCCAGGGAGUACUUUUUUUAAAACUAAGCAAAUACAACAAAACACAAUACAGGUAUAUGGUUGUAAAAAAACCUUCCAAAAGGCAGUUUGUAAUAGAAAAAUUGCAAUAGAAGCUGUCAUGAUGUCUACGUUAAACCUUUGCCGUUUCUUCAAACAUGAGAGGGUUCUUUCUCUCUAUCGACCUUCUUAGGUAAUUGUAUUUUAUUUGCAACUACUUUAAAUUUUUUGUGUAUAUAUGCAUGUAUAUCUCCAAUUCAAAUAUGAAAUUAUCUUCUACAAAAAUGGGAAUUCUUCUUGAAUGAGUGUAAAUGCAUGAACUUAUAACAUUCUCGCAUAAACAUCAUCAAAGGUUUCUAUUUAGAAACUUAGAGUAUCCAUGGAGGCUAGACUGCGAUCCGCAGACGAUGUACACAAAAGAAAGCUGCAGAAAAUCAAAGUUGAAGAUGUGGUCAAGCCAUUCCAACAACCCUUUCAAGAAAAGAGUACAAGGUUGAAGCUCCAUCACCUCAAACUUCUCUUGUUUGUUUUGGUAAUUGCAACUUUCAUCAUUCUUCUGGCCACCCCAAAUGGUUGUAGCCGCUACAGCUCAUCCCAACCUUCCAAUAAGCCUCAUUUGGUGAAAAGGUGGUGGAUUUGGGGGGUUCCAGAUCCCAGAUACAUAUCAGACUUAGUUGUAAACUGGGAUGAGGUGUCCAUUGCUGUCAAUGAAUUAGCAAAAAGUGAGAAGAUCAUAAGAACAGGUCUCCUCAACUUUGAUGAGGAUGAGAUCAGGCAAUGGAAACUGAUGAUUCCAGAAGCUAACCACACAGUUUUGCAUCUUGAUCAUGUCGAACAGAAUGUAACUUGGGAGACCUUGUAUCCCGAAUGGAUCGAUGAGGAACAAAUGUAUGAAACACCUAGCUGCCCUUCUCUACCAAAGCUUGACGUGCCUAGAAAACCGAUCGAUUUGAUCGCGGUUAAGCUCCCUUGCAAGGGGAACUGGACUAGAGACGUGGCUAGGCUACACCUGCAGCUCGCGACUGCUGGUUUAGCCUCAUCUGCUAAAGGCACCCGCCCAGUACACUUGCUUUUCCUCACCCGCUGUUUCCCCAUUCCAAAUCUAUUCACUUGUCAGGAGCUUGUUGCGCGCAAAGGCAACAUUUGGCUGUACAAACCAAACUUGAAUGUCAUGAGACAGAAGCUCCAGCUCCCGGUAGGAUCCUGUGAACUAGCCCUUCCAUUUGGUGCCACAGGUUAGUCAAAACUCAGAAUCUGUUUAGGCUCAGUUAUGUUUGCUGAUUCGACUUAUUCUGCUUAUAACUCACUUAUUUACAUAAAAUGAAUGCUAUCAAAUGUUUUUGUUUUCAGAAAAUUCAACCACACACAUGAGGUGGGGGGCAGUGAGUCUUACCUCACACUUAUAUAUUGAACAGAAUCUAAUAAUCAUCUUUCCCAAUGCACUUAAAAUAAAGCUAAUUCAGAAUAUAAUAACAAGAGGAGUCUUGUUUCUAAUACAAUAUUAAAAAAAACAUACAGGAGUACUGGGGGAGCCCAAGCGUGAAGCGUAUGCAACGAUCCUACACUCGGCUUAUGUAUAUGUGUGUGGAGCCAUAGCUGCAGCGCAGAGCAUCAGAAUGGCGGGUUCAACCCGAGACUUGGUGAUUCUUGUUGAUAACACCAUUAGCGAAUACCACAGAAGUGGACUAGCAGCUGCAGGGUGGCAGGUCCGUACAAUCGAGAGAAUAAGGAACCCUAAAGCCGAGAAAGAUGCAUACAAUGAGUGGAAUUACAGCAAGUUCAGACUAUGGCAACUCACUGAUUACGAAAAGAUCAUCUUCAUAGACGCGGAUCUCCUAAUUCUCAGAAACAUGGAUUUUCUUUUCGGGAUGCCUGAGAUUUCUGCAACAGGGAAUAAUGGCACCCUCUUCAACUCCGGAGUGAUGGUGAUCGAGCCUUCCAACUGCACAUUCCAACUCCUCAUGGAUCACAUCAACGAAAUCGAAUCCUACAACGGCGGAGAUCAAGGGUACUUGAACGAAAUAUUCACCUGGUGGCACCGCAUCCCGAAACACAUGAACUUUCUGAAACAUUUCUGGAUCGGCGACGAACCAGAAGUCAAGCAGAGGAAAACAGAGCUGUUCGCGGCGGAGCCGCCUAUCCUAUACGCCGUCCACUACUUGGGAUACAAGCCGUGGCUGUGUUACCGCGACUACGAUUGCAAUUGGAACGUGGACAUUCUGCAGGAAUUCGCGAGCGACGCAGCGCACGAUAAGUGGUGGAGAGUGCACGAUAGCAUGGAGGCGGAGCUGCAGGAUUUGUGCCUGCUGAGGUCGAAGCAGAAGGCGCAAUUGGAGUGGGACAGGCGGCAAGCGGCGGCGGCGAAUUACGGUGACGGCCACUGGAAAACCGAGAUUCGAGAUCAGCGGCAGAAGAGGUGCACGGAUAGGCUGUGUGAUUGGAAGAGUAUGCUGAGGCAUUGGGGGGAGAAGAACUGGACUUAUAACCCCUACUUCCACCCUUCGCCGCCGCUCGUGAAACUGCGGUCCCGUACCAAACCACCGCCGGUGUCGUCGUCGUCUUAAUGGCCAUCAGUCAAUGUUCAGAUUUAAAUUAAUGCGUGAUUAUUUUUGUUUAUUGAAAUGGCGCAACUCCAUUGAUUUUCCUUUAUUAGCUAUUUAGCUCUAGGCUAGAUUGUAUCUUCCCCUCCAUUAUUGAGUAUUGAGUUACCUGAAACAUGCUCAUUCAUUAUGGGUCUUUCAU